CUUCUGGUACUGAGGUCCAUUUAUAACGAAAACAUGUUCAUCUUUGAUCGUCAUAAAGAUAUGCGAUACUUUCAGCUUCAUGUACACGUUGAUGCUACUAGUGAAUAUACCGUCUCUGCAGAGCUUAACUUGAAUGAUGAUGCAAGCCAGGACUCUAAGGGUUUCUUAUACUCUUUCAAGGCCCAUCACCUUCCGCCCAUUGUCCUGUCAUGCUUACUACCAAAGACCUAUCCCAGCCACUUACCGCCUUAUUUCCUAAUUAGUGUUCAGUGGAUGAACCCUGAUACGAUUGCAAGUCUCUGCUCCGCUCUGGACUCGAUAUGGAUGCAACAGCCUGGGCGAGAAGUCCUUUACCAAUGGAUAGAUUGGCUACAGAACUCAUCACUUUCUCAUCUUGCCUUUGAUGAGCAGAUUCUUCUUGGUCCUUAUGGUGCUGUUUCAUGUACCAGAGAUAAGCGUGCUGUUUCUGGAAGCUGUUCCCCAGAUUCAGAUAUUCCUUAUAUCAAGAGUUAUGACGAAGGAAAACGCCGUGAUAGCUUCCUUCGGGGCUUCCACGAGUGUGUUAUAUGUUUCUCUGAAUAUGCAGGUUUUGACUUUGUUAAGCUACCGUGCCAGCAUUUCUUUUGUAUGAAAUGUAUGAAGAUCUAUGCUAAAGGCAUAGUUAAAAAACUUCAGUGUCCGGACUCGGAAUGUGGAGAGAUUGUCCCGCCAGGUAUAUUGAAGAAGUUGAUGAGCGAUGAAGCGUUUGAAAGCUGGGAAACUCUUAUGAUGCAGAAAACACCGGAAUCAAUGACUCGCAUUACUUACUGUCCUAGAUGUGGAACACAAUGCAUAGAGGACGAGGAUCAGCUUGCUUUAUGCUCCAAGUGCCACUUCAGUUUCUGUACGCUUUGCAAGGGAAAGAGACACGUGGGUGUUGCUUGCAUGAGCCAGGAACGUAAGCUUCAAAUCUUGCAGGAUCGUCAGGGUUAUGCUCUUCUUGGAGUCGAACAAAGGCGGAAAGAUCAAGAAAUUAUCAAUGAGAUUAUGAGUGUGAAGGUGAUAAUGGAAAGCGCUAAACAAUGCCCAUCUUGCAAUAUAGCCAUCUCUAAAACUGGAGGCUGUAACAAAAUGCUCUGCAACAACUGUGGCGAAUACUUUUGUUACCGUUGCAACAAAGCUAUCAUCAAUGGUUACGCACAUUUCAGCGAGGGAACAUGUGAACUGUUUCCACAAGAGGCGAUCCAAGAAUGGAAUGAUAGGGUGAAUGAGCGACAAGUCAUUGGACGAAUUCAAGCUCAACUGUAUCCACAACACGGUCAGUUUCCACAACGCGGCCAAAGAUGUCCUAGUUGCCGCCAGCUUAAUGCAAAGGUGGGAAACAACAAUCAUUUGUUUUGUUGGGCAUGCCAUUCACAUUUCUGCUAUAUUUGCAAGAAAGUGGUGAAGAAAUGUUCUCAGCAUUAUGGACCAAAGGGUUGCAAGCAGCACACCGAUGGAUAAAGGCCAGAAGAUAUAUUGUAAACUCUCAGAUACUGAUCACAAGUGGCAACUUCCUUUAAUAAUAGAAAUGUAGUUUUGCA